AUGGCAUGCGAGAACGAGCAGGCAAGUGCACGCACAAUUAUUGGCACGGGAGCCCAAAAAGAUGAUGGGCCUUAUUCGAAAGGAAGCAAAGACUCAGGUGGAUUGGAUACCACGUUGGUCUCAAGAAGGCAGAGUAUACCGGAAGAAUUUAGAGGAGUCACAAUUGUGGAGCUAAUCAAAAAAGAAGGAAGCACCCUCGGAUUAACUAUAGCUGGUGGCACAGAUAAAGAUGGGAAACCGAGGGUCUCUAAUCUAAGGCCAGGAGGACUGGCAGCAAGGAGUGAUCAGCUAAACGUUGGCGAUUACAUCAAGUCAGUGAAUGGAAUUAACUUGACAAAAUUGCGACAUGAUGAAAUUAUAAGUCUACUGAAGAAUGUGGGAGAAAGGGUAAUAUUAGAAGUAGAAUAUGAACUACCACUAGCUGCCCCUGAUAAUAGUGCUGGCAUCAUUCCAAAAACCGUUGAAGUUACCCUCUAUAAAGAAGGCAAUAGUUUUGGAUUUGUACUACGAGGAGGAGCCCACGAAGACUGGCAUAAAUCCAGGCCAUUAGUACUAACUUAUGUUAGACCAGGUGGCCCAGCAGACAGGGAAGGGUCUUUGAAAAUUGGGGAUCGGCUGUUGAGUGUGGAUGGGAUUCCUCUUCACAGUGUGAGUCAUGCUGAUGCUCUAAACAUUCUGCGUCAGUGCAACCAGGAGGCCCUCUUCCAGAUUGAGUAUGAUGUCUCCAUAAUGGAUAUGGUAGCCAAUGCGUCAGGUCCUUUGCUAGUGGAAAUUGCAAAGGCUCCAGGCUCUGCCCUAGGAAUCACAUUAUCAAUGAACACCCAUCGAAAUAAACAAGUCAUAAUCAUUGAGAAGAUCAAGCCAGCUAGUGUGGGAGACAGAUGUGGGGCUCUGCAUGUAGGUGAUCAUAUCCUUUCCAUUGACGGGACUAGCACAGAGCAUUGUUCCUUGUUGGAGGCCACCCAGCUAUUAGCAGCCACAUCAGAAAAUGUUAAGCUAGAGAUACUCCCUAGUCACCACAGUAGACUUCCCCUCAAGCCUCUGGAUACAGUCAAAGUGCAGAAGAGUGAACACCACCACUGCUGGGAUCCUUGUGUCAGCUACUGCCACACCCACCAUCCAGGACAUUGCAAGACACCUACCUGGAAUCAGACAGCCAGCCAGGACUAUUGUAAAUCUCUUGUAGCUUCCAACUUUGCAUCUCCCACCAUGAACACAUCAGGGUUGGCCUACCAGAAUUCCAAUACUCUACCUCGAAGCAAUCAUCCCAUGAGCCCACGGGCCACAAUGAUGAGGAGAAGACAGAGGAAGAAGGAGCACAAAAGUUCAUUAUCAUUAGCUUCCAGCACUGUGGGUCCUGGUGGGCAGAUUGUUCAUACAGAAACAACAGAGGUGAUUUUAAGAGGAGACCCCUUGAACGGCUUUGGACUGCAGCUCCAGGGUGGGAUCUUUGCUACCGAAACCCUCUCUUCGCCGCCUCUCAUCCGUUUCAUUGAGCCAGACAGCCCAGCAGAAAGGUGUGGCCUUCUACAAGUUGGAGACAGAGUACUUUCCAUCAACAGCAUUGCAACUGAAGAUGGGACAAUGGAAGAAGCCAACCAGCUAUUGCGGGAUGCAGCGCUUACUAAUAAAGUCGUGUUAGAGAUUGAAUUUGAUGUGGCAGAAUCUGUGAUUCCGAGCAGUGGUACCUUCCAUGUGAAACUACCUAAGAAAAGGGGUGUGGAACUUGGGAUUACUAUCAGCUCAAGCAGAAAGUCUGGUGAGCCUUUAAUUAUCUCUGAUAUCAAGAAGGGGAGUGUAGCACAUAGGACUGGCACCUUGGAGCCCGGAGACAAGCUGUUAGCUAUUGAUAAUAUCCGACUCGACAAUUGCUCAAUGGAAGAUGCAGUGCAGAUCUUAAAACAGUGUGAAGAACUUGUCAAAUUGAAGAUCAGGAAGGAUGAGGAUAACUCUGAUGAGCAAGAAACCACAGGGGCUAUCAUCUACACAGUGGAAUUGAAGAGAUAUGGUGGGCCCCUGGGAAUCACUAUCUCAGGCACAGAAGAACCUUUUGACCCCAUUGUCAUUUCAGGCUUGACAAAACGAGGGCUGGCAGAAAGAACUGGAGCUAUCCACAUAGGAGACCGGAUAUUAGCCAUUAAUAAUGUCAGCCUUAAAGGGAAGCCCCUGAGCGAAGCCAUUCAUCUACUCCAAAUGGCUGGAGAGACAGUAACGCUAAAGAUCAAAAAGCAAACCGAAAGGACUUUUCCUCAAAAAUCUGGGAAUAUGACUGAGGUUAGUGACCUAGAGGAUGAUUUGACUGAGUCUCAGAAAACUAGCAAGCUCUCUGAGGUGUAUUCUACCACAAUCCCUAGUGUGGAUAGUGCUAUGGAAUCCUGGGAUGGUUCGGGUAUUGACACAGGCUAUGGAAGCCAAGUAGGCACCUACUUGCCUCAGGCUGUCGGCAUUGCACUUCAUCCCCAUGAAUGGAGAUCCAGCAGGCAGAAAAGCAGCACCCCUCCUGGAGACUCCAGGAAGAGCUACCCUUUUACACAUGGCGGUUUCAAUGAGGAAGACUGGGAGAAGCCAAGCAGAUAUCCCACCCGCCAAAAUGGCCUUGAGAUGCCACAUGAGGAUAAUUUUUGGCGCGUUUUUGGAGAAGCUUUGGAGGACUUGGAAACAUGCGGCCAAUCGGAACUUUUGAGGGAGAUUGAGGCAUCCAUCAUGUCUGGCAGUGUACAUAAUCUGAGCCUUGAUGGGGGCAAAUUGCCCAAAAACUCUGUGAAUCAGUCAGGACUGAGCCCAGCAAGGAAAAGCAACCCGAAAAGCUCAGUUGAAGUGCAGGACAACAACAAUGUGACCCCAACUAAGAAUGACAAGAAUUUGGAGAUAAAGACAAUAAAGGAUGAGAUUCAAGAAAUCAUGUCUCCGACUCCUCUUGAGCUGCAUAAGAUGACAAUUUACAAGGAUCCUGAAACUGAAGACUUUGGGUUCAGUAUCUCUGAUGGCUUACUAGAAAAGGGUGUCUAUGUGAAUAUGAUCCGUCCAGGUGGGCCAGCUGACCAGUGUGGACUCAAGCCUUAUGACAGAGUUCUCCAGGUGAAUUGCAUCCGUACAAGGGACUUUGAUUGCUCUCUGGCUGUUCCUCUGAUAUCUGAGGCAGGAAAUAAGUUGGACGUUGUAAUCAGUCGAAACCCCCUGGCUUUCAUUGCCAAUACUUGCCUACAGGAGCCAAGCAGCUUUCCAGACCAGCAGUCGGUUGGAGGGGAGGUGAAGACAAGCACACAGACACUCUGAAGGACGGCUAGGUUUGGUGUCUGCUCUUCUCAAGGUUCUGUGGGAGCUAAAGGAAUUAAUGGGUGUCUGUUGUGUGGUGUGUGAGGGUUUUUUGCUUGGGUUGUCGUUCAUUUGUUUUCUUUUGCACUCGUGUUUAUGCUUAAUCUGCGUAAUGUCAGUUGCUGUGAAGAGAUGUUUCCUCUCCCCCAACCAAUCACAUUUUGAAGCCAACACAGCUUGGCUUUGAAGGUUCAAGCUGAGAUGGAGUGAACUAGUCAGGGAUGAGCCAGUUGCUGACAGCAACACCCAGAAUAAUUCAUCCACAGAACACCCUUCCUCAUCAUAUGAGUGUUUCCAAUGGAUGGGGUAAUAGAGCACAAGCUUCUCUUCCCCAGUCUUGAAGGACUUGGAUACAUGGUGUUGUUUUUGUUUUGUUUAAUCAAGUGAAGUUAAUCUUAAAACGGAUUCCCCCCUUUUUGUGUGAAAGACAUCUCUACAACACUCCCUGAGCCCCUUCUCCAGUUCCCCUGCACACUCACAGAUCACUGUCAUGGAUCCUUUUGUCACCAAGUGCACAUUUUACUUUUGGAUUUAAUUUAAAAGGCAACCAGUUCAUCGGGAAGAUGAAGCUCUGACAAAUACCUUCCCCAUAAUUUAUUCUUUGGGAAAUACCAGAAACACUUUUCACCUUCAAAAUCCCCAUAAUUUAUAUUCUUUGGAUGGUAACAGAAAUAAGUUUCACCUUUAAAAUAUUGUCCAGCUUAAUUUCUUACUGAGUUUCUUACUCUCCAUGCACCAUUUCUUGAAAGAACUUAUUGUAUAGCAUUUCAUGGGGAACAUAAAGUCUCUUGGACCAUCUAUUUAUUUUUGAGCACAAACAGAGCCCCAAAAUUGUUCUCAGAUGUUCUCUCUGUACCGAGUUAUGAGUGGGCAGCUGAACAUAAAUCACUUGCAUCGUCUUCUCCCUCUUAAUGAUCUGUGAUGGUGGUGGUGGAAGGAACCUCGGUUACUCCGUAGCAUGAGUGUGUCUCUAGAUUGAUAUUGUACCUCCAAGUACACCCUCUGUGGAUUGCACCAGUGCAAUGUGUACAUUUGUUUAACCCCACGAUGAUGCUUGACACUUUGUUGUAACCUAUCAGUAGCAGCAUCCCUGUCUUUUUCUAGAAUUACCUUUUUUCCCCCUAUGACUUGUGAGCAUGAAGCCUUUGUAAACCAGGACUUUGCAUCAGCCUCCCGAGUCAAAUCCUCUUGUAGCAUUGCUGUGUGUGAUAUUCACAUUCUUUCAAAGAUCUUCCUACAGUUAACAAUUUUAAAAGAAGCCAUGAUUUCUUCAUUUCAAAAGGGGAAAAUGCCAGGAUUUGUGGUUCCUCCCUGGCCAGUCCACUAGUGGGUUCUGGAACCACACUUUAUUGUGACUAUUUAAGUUGACCUUUCCUUGGGAAUUUAGUUCAGUGAAUGGGCAAACUGGUUCCUCUUUUCCUUUCUAGUAAUUUUAAUUUUGUAGUCAUUUUCUACUGUUUUGAUCCGUAUCAAGAUGCCAUGUUUUGGUCAAGAUUGGAAAUACCCUUUAGAUAAGUCCAUUGAUCCAAGGUUGUUUUUGGUCUGAACCCAACCCAAGCUGUGAGCGUAUAUUUCUUUUUUUCUUUUUCUUUUUGCUACUUCACAGCACUGCUCUCUGUGACUUUCUUAUUAAGAUGUGCAUGCCUCUUAUUGGGCUGUGUCUAGCUGUAGCCAUUCUCUCUUCUCAAAGUAUGCAAUAUUCCAUACCAUCGCUGCCAUAACCUAGAUGAUGUGCCAUAAAAUAAACAAAAAAAAUAUUGAUGAUGUGUGGAAAAUGGGGGUUUUAUAUGCAAUAUUCUCAUAAUGGCAGAAGCUCCCUGUGGCUUCAAUUAGGUUUUUAAUGAAGACUUUUAAUAAGGCUUUAAAAAUGGUCCUUGUAUCCCUUCCUAUGCAUUUUGAAUGAUAUAAAAAUGAAAUGCAUUAAAUGUGUAUUUUUAUCCAUAUAUUAGAGUGUAUUCCUGUACAAAGUAUUUUUAUAUGCUAAUUUUCUUAUGUAUCUAUGAAAGCACAAUAUUCAAAGAAUAUUUUAGUCCUGUUUUGGACCUAUUUGUAAAUCUGUGUAUUUAAAUGGUAUUACAAUUCCUUAGAUUUUUUUUAAAUUAAAUAAAGCAAAAUAAAUUAUAAUGUAUGUUUUCUUUAGAAAGUUAACUUAUCACAGUGUAAGGUAUACCUCUACUUCCACAAAGGUAGCUCUAGCUUUAUGAUCAUUAUGAGAGCCAAAAGAUUUAUAAUAGGAGCAAAGGAAACAAGUAAGAUAUCUUGUCUUACUGAUAGACCUUUACUCCAAGGAAGUAUUUGUAAGAUGGCAGCAUUAGACAUGUUCUACAUUCUGCUAUUGACAUUCUGGAAAAAUGGUGCCUCUUGUACCCAACUUGAUCAUGGUGCUGAUUCUUACUUUGCUACAUAACUUUACAAAUAACUACAGAAAUAUGUUUAUGAAAUCACCAGAACUCAAAUUUGCUACUACGUUAAUUUUACAGUAACUGUGAGGCUGACAGUAGACACCUAUACACUGACUUCUUAUUUCCAGUUCAUGUUAAAAAAUAUUGCUUCUAACAUAGAGUCCUUUGUCUAACAUCUUUGAGCCAUUUUAGGCAGGUAUUAUUCAGAGGUCUGACCCUUGGGUAGCCAUCAAGUGCUGCCUAUUAAGGCACGGGAUGGCUCUCUCUUGCAGAAUUAUACCAUGAAAUUACCCUUUCCUAGUAAUGCUAUGGCCUCCUUCAUUUUGGAUGUAUUCUUAUCCAUGUGGAAGGAAUCCUAGCUGGUCUACUUCUUCUAUAAUUCUUUUGUUAAUAAUUUGAUCUCCUUUGGACCAAGAAAAACAUGGUUAAAUUUGAAGCAUUCAAGAGGAUUUGCUCAAAAUGUCUAUUCGUCUGUAACCAUGGGUGUCUGGGAGACUUUAUGUAUGUAUGUAUUUCCUGCCUUUAUUAUUUUUUACAAAUAAUUCAAGGCAGUGAGUUAUCCACCUUCCUUCUCCUAUUUGCCAUCCAACAACCACCUUGUGAGGGAGGCUGGGACAGAAUGGGCUGAGACCGAAUGACUGGCCCAAGGUCACCCAGCUGGCUUUCAUGAGUAAGGUGGGACUAGAACUCAGAGUCUCCUGGGUUUUAGCUCGGUGCCUUCAACACUAAGAUUAAACUGACUCUGAUAGAAUACUAACCAACAUCCUUUGUCCAUCUUGAGGAGAGCCCUUAACCUUUCCUGAUACAUUUUUUUAUCUCCCUUGGAGAAAAUGUCAAAAUAUUCCAUGUAAGAAUGACUCUGACUGUGUCCUCUCAAGAAAAUUAAAACAAUGCACAUGUCUUCUUGCAAUGCCCUGUUUUAGAACACAUAGCAUAAUGAAUUAAUAAUUCCUCUUCUGAAUCACAGUCAUGCGAAAAUUAUAUGAGAACACUUCCUUUGCUCAAUGUCAAUUUUCACAAGGGUUGGUUCAUUUAGAGAAAAUUGAUAUUUAUUUAUUUACUUACCAGCUGUUCAAUAUCCUCUGUAAUAAAUCAGGCAGCUACCGCUCACCAUAAUAAAUUAGCUUAACACAUAAAAUAAAAAUUAAACUAAACUUUGGAGAGGAAAAAAAGCCCACAAGAAUGAUUUAUUCACUUUAUACAUGAAAGAUUUUUAUUGUUUAUUUGCAAUGAUUACAAACUCAUCUUAAAAAAGCAAAAUGACUUUAAAAUAUUGAUACCCAUUUCAUUUAUCUAAAAAGCAAAACAGAUAAAACUGCAAAAUACAAACAUUUACUGUGUACAUGUACCAAAAAACACCUAAUGUUCAGGGCUGAAUACAAGCCAAAUUCUUACUCCUAUAUAAAUAUUCCUUUCUGGAACAAUGAUGACAAUUUUAAAACUUUUUUAAAAAAUUAUUCUAAAAAUUAUUUUUAAAAAGAGGAUAGUGUCCUCUUAAUCCACAUAGCUACUCAUUAGUAAUAAUUGUGGAUUUACAGAAUUAAAAAUGCACACCAACAUUUUCAGUAGAAAUAAAGAUGUCUGCCUUAUUUUAUAACCAUAAAAUCUCUGGAGUGGCAUUCCUUUCAUGAUUGCAACAGCACAACUACAGUAAUGACACAAGAACGUUCUAUUACAACAGUGAAUUUAUCAGAGUACUGCACUGACAGGUUAAGAUCCGGUGGGGAGACACAUUAGUGAACAAUCUCAGGCUACCAUUUAGUUACUCACAAUCCAACUCUCUCCAUUCCUAGCAAAUGUCACAGCCGCUCAACAUGAUUUGACUACAGUGUCACAGUCUGCCUGUUGCUGUGUAACGGCUGUUGCGAAUCAUUAGUGGGUAAUUUGGGAGCUUGUUAGUCCUCUUUCUUCUCCCAAGACAGCUCGUUAACUAUGCAAUCUAGUUCUCGCUCCCAAGAGAGCUUGUUAACUAUGUAGUCUAGAACAGGAUGUUCAGAAAGACAGCUAUUUUAGUCCACUUGGCUUCUGAAAUGACCAGGACUCAGCAAAUGUGGGUUAGACAUCUUCUGCAUGUUCCCUGAGCCCAGCCACAAACUGUAAGAUUAGGGCUCUAGCCCUGAGCACAGCCACUAGAAAGGAAGUUCCACUGAACAUGGUAUGGCUUAUUUGCAAGUACAUGUUUAGAAUGAGUCUGUAGAUCUCUGGAACAAGUAUUCUCUUUGGCCAAAUCUGCACAGAGUGUAUUUUGAAAUCUGCAAAUGUCAACUUCUAUUAUUUUUAGAUAAUGCAUUAUUUUCCUUUUGCCACAUUUUUCGAUAGAAAAAUACUGAUUCUCUUCCAAAGAUUUGGAUCCAAUUUGUGAAGCAAAGUUUCUGAUCUAAUUCUACAGAUAGAAAUAUAUGUCACAGAAUAAUAUUAUAUUCAUAAAGUGCAUGGCCUUAUUUUCUUUCCUGAAAAGAGCAUGCAUAUUGCAUUUUUCUUUUCCACUUCUCCUGCAUAGCAGAAUCAGAGUAGUUUAGCUUAAAUGAAAUGCAGAUUAGGCAGGCCGCUAUUCCUUUUAAACAGGAUACAGAACUGGACAUGGGCAGAUGGAAUAUACUAAUGCCAAAGAUGGAACUGUAAGAAGGCUAUGUGUGAUUGUCUAAAAUUACAUUUUCC